AUGAACACCCAUCCAGAGCCUUCCCAGACCAAGAGGCGGGAGUCCCGAGCCGGGACACGUAAGGUCACCGCGCUCUCUGCCGAACAACUGGAGAGGAAGCGCGCCAACGAUCGAGAGGCCCAGAGAACCAUCCGUCAACGAACGAGGGAACAUAUCGAACGCUUAGAGCAUCAGGUUUCGGAGCUGAAGACCAAAGGAGAGCAAUUCGACGAUAUUGUUCGACGAAAUGCCGCCCUGGAGAAUGAGAUCAGGACGUUGAAGCAUCAACUGUCGAUGAUAACAAGUGGUCAAGGGUAUUCGCACAUGGAAGGAUCGUCCAGUACUCCAUCUGGGUACAUACUUCCUUCAGCCCAGUUUUCCGAGUCUCUCGGAGUAACUCCAGUCUCCAGAGCGCCGUCGGUCCUUUCGACGUCCAGCCAGGUGUCGGUAACGCAUGAAUGGCAGCAGCAAUAUGGCUCGACGCGAUCCCCAUCCAUCUGUGAGUCCUCGGAUGCAGAUUAUUCGAACAGAGUGGAACCUUACAUCUUUGAUGGCCAACCCCGAAACCCAAAUACGAUGCCGGUUCCCGCAUCGCACGUUGCGUACAAUGCUCACGGGAGUGGACAGCCACCGGGUCCUGCAUUUCAAGCGUAUCCGCCACAUCUUUAUGCUCCCGGGGGCUCCAAUCAACCGCAUCCAGAGGAGAUGGCGCACCAUCCUCACCACCCAGUCCCCUUCGCGGGGGGGCAGCGAUCGGUCUUGGUGCCGAAUGUUUCGGCAGAGAGAGAAGCCGGCGGUUACCCUGUGCUCCAGAGCACACCACAAUAUCAGCAGCCGGAGCAACCACCGAGACCUGGGUACAGUUAUGAAUGGAUGCCUCGGUCUUGA